CACAUUGAUAGCUUCCCAAAAUCUGCAUACCAACCUACACACCAAUCUCUGACUAGUGUGGACACAAUAUAUGUGUGUGUGUGUGUGUGUGUGUGUAUAUAUAUAUAUAUAUAUGUAAGCAACAGACUAGUCUAAUGUCUGGCAAGGUGGAGGCCAACAAUGCCAUGACAAGAACAACUGAUCAUUUUAUAAAGAGGAAACAAGGUCAGUUCAAGGUCAAGUUACCCUUUGUUUUUCAAACACUGGGAUAGAAAAAGACAAUGUUUUCUUUGUAUAUUUUUUAUGGCAUACAAUUCAAAACAGAAAUAAUGGUCUGACUUCAAACCUAUCUUCAGACAUAUCUGUCAAUACCUGGUUGAAUAUGGCACACCUUAGUACCUUAGUACAGUGUUAAGUUAUUAUUGUUUAUUAUUAGAUUAUAAAAUUAGCAGUUAUUUGUCAUAAAAAAAUUUGGACCGAUAAACAAAUUGUUUUUGUUGGGUUUUAGAGCAGAAUCUGACGGGCGGCAAUUAAUUUUGGUCAGCGCUACUUCCUGUAACCUGACACCUUACGUCACACAAAACAAGUAUGGCGGCGCCCUCUGCAGCGCUGUAGUGUGCUGGGAGAGAAGCGUUAAAACGAGUGUUAUGAUAACGAUUUCUGAACGUAUGCUAUCGUACAUCUGGUCAAAUAGGUGUGGGAAGAUUAAAGCAAUUUAUUAUCGUGAAAAUGGGUUUAGAGCGUCUGCUGUGCGGGGCACUGGAGUGUUACUCCAGACACUUUCGAGGCGUUAAUAUUCAGCAAAAAGUCUUAGUCUUUCAAAAAGCGUCGAUGUGUAACGUUACACGGACUUCACCGAACAUGUCCAACAUGGUUAACCGGGUUACAUGUGUAGCACGUCUGUGCAGCAGGAUAUUCGUCCACACAAGCCGCCUCGGUGCCGCUCACAGACAGCUGGCUGCCCGCCGCAGCCUCUGCACCUCCGCCCAGCCCUCCAGAGAUGUCAUCCUGUUCGAGCACGACAGAACCCGCUUCUUCCGGCUCCUCUCUGUCUUCUGCGGCGGCCAAUUUCUCUUCUGGACAUACCUGGCCCACUUCGCUUACACUGGGCUCAGAGACACAGGGGGCGCUACAGAGAAAGGGAAAGCCAAGGCGUCCACCACCACCGGGCUGGCUGGGAUGUGGAGUUUUGAGAUGAACCUGGGGUCAAACACCUGGAGGUACGGCUUCACGCUGGGAUGCCUGGCAAUAGGAGCAGGGAUGGUCGGGCUCGGCGUUAUGUUUUGCCGGCGCUCUGUCAGCCAGGUGGUUUUACACCAAGGUGGGAGGAUGGUGACAGUUUCCACACAGUCACCUUUGGGACCAGGCCGAGGCCGGAGAAUCACAGUCCCGCUGUCCCAGGUAGCCUGUCAUGCUCACAGACAGGAGUCCCCCUCAUUCAUCCCCCUCAGGGUCAAAGGUCACAAGUUCUACUUUCUUCUGGACACAGAGGGGACCGUGAACAACGCUAGGCUGUUUGAUGUCACUGUUGGGGCUUACCGGCCAGUUUAAGUUGUGGUUAUUGCACCUUUGCCAAAACUGUGUUGGACACCAAACACCAAUGGACCACUGAUCCACAGAUGUGAUUUUAGAUGGCUGCCAAACAAAUAUGUCAGUUUCUGUUUGAUUGUCUCUCUAAUUAAAUACAAUCUAUGAGAUCAAACAUA